GAUAACACAAUAAACCAAACGUGUUUCUAUAUUUUGAGCGUUCUUCCUGAUAACUGACUAGAAGAGCAAAAGCUCGAAAAGCCUUGGGAUCAAGCUGCUUAUUAUCUUCUGUUCAAAGACCUAAUCAAUAUGUUUGAGCACAUUCCAAUGUUUCACGUCGUUUGUCAAUUUGUUUUUUGUAUUCUGGCAAUUUUAUUCAUGGUGUAUGAUAUUGCAUUAUUGAUGGCAACAUAUGCCUAUCGGAACGAUCAAAAUAUUCCAUUUGCCUAUUUAAUUGUGAUGAAUGUUUGUGGAGUUCUGUGUAAAAUUGCGUUCAUCACAGAUUUCGCGACAUAUUUGGCAUUGCCGUAUUAUGAGUAUUUGUCAUACCGUGAAAUGAUUGGACGUGAAUUCACAAUGCUCGGCACAUUGACAUAUUUUAUUCCAAUGUGCGUCAGUGUUCUCAUGACGAUGAAUCGAUUUUUCAUCGUGAUCCGGCCGACAGAUCAACGAGUUUUCGGUCAACGAAGGAUCUUUUUCUAUAGCUUUUUGAUUUUGAUCCUCUGCUUCACUCUCCUCCUGAUCCCUCGUCUCUCCUACUGCCCAGUCAACUUCCUCGCUAGUACACUGGUCUUCCUGACGGCAUGUGCUCCAGAAAGACAUCCUGUGACAAAAUUCACAAAUAUCAAUGCAAUCUGGGUGCCGACGACCCUUCUAGUCAUCAAUGUCCUUAUGAUGCUCCAUUUGAAAGCUCACCGCUAUGAUUUUUACACGAGGAUACGGCAAAAAUCGUCGGUUAUUUCAAUGCUGUCUUCGAGCAGCUUGGCGCAGAGUCAACUGAAAAGGGAGAAUAUGCUCAUGCGGCAGACGGUUGCAAUCACAGUUGGACUGUCGUUUUAUGAAGUUGGAUCUCUGUUAAUGAGAACGUUUCCUGACGCGUAUAACAGUCUACCUCAAUACGUGCGGGAUUUAACAUUUUAUUUUCGCCUUGAGACCAUAUGUGCCAUAAACUUUUUCGUCUACUAUUUGGGAAGUCCGUCAACGCGAAAAAUGCUCAAAAAAUAUUUGGGCGCAGAAGUGAAGAAGGAAUUCAGUACUAGAAAAGUGUCCAGUACAUUUCAAAUGUCUCGGAUAGAAAAUUGAAGUUUAUUUUAAUUUUUUCAAGUAAAUGCAUUUCGUCUAUCCUUAUAAUAAAAAUUAAACCAAAA